AUGGCUGCGGCUCCAACUUCCAGCUUCGCAACUUCUAUGUCUCCCAAACCAUCUCGCACUGUCCAAGCCCUGGUCAAUGAGGAGGUGAUCAGGGCUUCUCCUCCGGUGCGAUUAUACCCAUCACAGCAUAGAGUCAGCAUGACUCGGUACGCCACCUCCACCGACCCGCGUGGCUACAUUCCUGUGUUCGAAUAUCCUUUAAACGGCCAGUACAUCAUGAUUGACUGUGAGACCGGCAUGGUGCACUUCACUGGGAUAUGGAAAGCACUUGGUCACAACAAAGCGGAUGUUGUGAAGUUGGUUGAGUCCGACCCCACCAUUGCGCCUUAUCUACGCAAGGUUAGAGGGGGCUAUCUAAAAAUACAAGGAACAUGGCUUCCCUUUGACACUGCUAAAACCUUGGCGCAGAGAGUAGCUUGGCAGGUUCGCUAUGAUCUGGUCCCGCUAUUCGGUCCCGAGUUUCCUGAUACCUGCCUUGGACCUGAAGAGCCUGGAUUCGGACAACUGCUGUUAUCAGCUCCAAAGCCAAGAGGGCGCCGGGGUGCAAAGAAAACUCCAACUGCCUCAUUAGUUGCCCGCGAGAGAACUACAUCACCUCAAGAUAAUGGUAGUCAAAGCAGGUCGGAUGGAUACCCCUCGCAGGAUUCUCUAGGGAAGCGCUUCCCUGAUCGACUUGAAGCCACCGGGCCGAUGAAUGGCUAUGUUCCAAUGCUAUCCGAAGCGAGGUAUUCGCCGUACACUCGAGCACCAGUUCAUCGAAUCACCCAGCUGGACCCUUUGCCUAAUUUGAUCCAACCAAAUCAAAGCUGUUCUCAUCCAACGACAGAUCCGACGUACUAUAGCCCGGCUCACUAUCAUCACUGGAGCCUAAGAGCAUCAAUGAUUCCUGCUUAUGGUACCGGACCUUACGGCCAACAACAACCCACCGGGUCAACAGGAUCGGGGAUGGAAAAUGUGGCUACGCUUCCCCCGAUGCGUCACUAUUUAUCGCAUCCGGCUGAGAACAAUUUCUUCGAGACGUAUCGGGGACCUGACUCUUUUGAAGCCUUGAGCAAUAAAUGGUUGGCUCCUGAGCUUGUGCCGGUCGCUCAGCACGAAUGA